AGUUGCCGUUAUCCCGAGCCAUCUGUACUUUCAAGAUCAAGUUCAAGAUAAGUGUAAGUGCUGUGUUACUGUGCGUUUAUCGGGGGUUCGUGAUUCUGUGACACAUUCUACUGAUAUUUAACAGCACGCUCUUGGAUGUAAUGCAGAAGGCUGUUCUUCUCUCUAAUGGUGUUUCUAUGCCAUUGGUUGGAUUUGGCACUUACAAGAUUCGUGGAAAAGACUUGAUUUUUCCACUUAUAAAAGCAGCUUUACAGUCAGGCUACAGAUCCUUUGAUACAGCUGCUGUGUACAGGAAUGAAUGUGAGAUUGGAGAGGCCCUUAGACACUAUCUUCCAGAAUUCAAUUUAAAACGAGAAGACAUAUUCAUCACCUCAAAAUUGAGUCCCCGUGACCAGGGCUCUGAGAGGUGCCAACAGGCUGUGGACAAUUCACUGACUUCUUUGCAGGUUGACUACUUAGACCUCUUUCUGAUUCAUUGGCCAGGGUGUCAAAAACUGAAGCCCAGUGACCCAGCCAAUCGUGAACUGCGCAGCCAGAGUUGGGCAACACUAGAAAAAAUAUAUGAAGCUGGAAAAGUUCGUGCUAUUGGAGUUUCUAACUAUACAUUAUCUCAUCUUACUCAUCUUAUUGGACAAUCAUCUGUGAUUCCACAUGUGAAUCAGGUUGAAUAUCAUCCCCAUUAUCCUCAAGAGGAACUGAAGCUUUAUUGUGAGAGUCAGGGUAUACAUCUCCAAGCUUACUCUUCACUGGGAACCACUGUAAAGAAAAGCCCCCUGCUCCAAGAUCCAGUUGUGGCCAGUGUAGCCACAAGGUGUUCUGCCUCCCCAGCUCAAGUAUUGCUGCGUUGGGCUACUCAGCAGGGGAUAGGAUCAGGAGCAGAAGUAUCAAACCCAAAUUCAAGGAAUACAACAGAAGGGCACGGAUAUUCAUCCUAUUGGCAAAAAUGCAUCUGAACCAUAUAGUGAAGAUGAAGAAGAUGAUGAUAAUUAUGAUGAUGAUGAUGAUGACAAUGAUGAUGAUGAAGAGGAAGAUGAUGAUUCUGAAAUGAAUGAUGACUAUUCUGAUCCUAUGAUUCAUUAGAUACAUACAUUUAUUUUUACCAGAUUGUGUUAAUUUAUAUUUUUUACUAAUAGUUGUUGAAAUGGAGAAGUAUACAGAAAAGUUUGCUAACAAGAUUGUUCAGUUGUGCAUAUCAAAAUAUAACAGCUUAAAGAAAACAGGAAAACCAAAGAAUGAAGCUGAAUGGACUCUGCUGUCAUGUUUUGUGCAAGAAGAGCAGUGCAGCCACACACUCAAGGUUGUUGCUCUUGGAACUGGAUCAAAAUGCAUUGGUUCACACCAGCUGCCUUCUGCUGGGGAUGUCCUUCAUGACAGUCAUGCAGAAGUUGUUGCUCGAAGAGCAUUUAUGUUGUAUCUUAUUAGUGAAGUAAGAAUGGCAGCUGAGGGACACAGUAGUAUAUUUGAAGUAAAAGAUGGAACAUAUUAUUUGAAAUCGGGCAUACUGUUUCAUUUCUACACAAGUCACACACCUUGUGGCGAUGCUUCAAUAUUCUUGAAGCAGGAAUGGCUAGAGUGUGUUGGUAAUGUUCUUGAGACUAAAGAAGAACCAACUAUAAGCCCCUCUGUUCCUAUAGGGAAUUCAGAUACAGAGCCACCAGUUAAGAAAAGAAGAUGUCAAGGAAGUUCUGAUUUUGAAGAUCAAAUUACCUUGCAGAACACUGAAAAUGCCCAUGUAAAAAGUGAUGACAUUAAAAAGAUGGAUGAUCUUGAAAAAGAAAAAACAAAUCUAGCAGUGUGCACAGGUGAUGUGAACGAGGUUUUAUCUGACACUUUCCGCACUGGUGCAAAAUGUGUUGCUGGGGAGGCACCAGAUCCAAAGCUUCCAGGCAGUAAGUAUCACAUAACAGGAGUCCUACGUACUAAACCUGGCCGAGGUGAUCCCACACUUUCCCUUUCUUGCAGUGAUAAGAUCUUUAAGUGGACCAUUCUUGGAGUGCAAGGAGCUUUACUCAUGAUCUUACUUAAAAAGCCAGUGUAUAUAGCCACUAUUGUCAUUGGACGGUGUCCCUACAGCCAGGAAGCAAUGAAGCGAGCCAUUUAUGGUAGGUUUGAGGAUGGUUUAAACAAUCUUAAUCUACCAGAAGGAUUUUCUGUACAGACGCCAGCGUUAGUACAGUCAAACAUUGACUUUGCUCAUUCUCGAAUUAACAUUGCUAAAACUGCCUCAGAAGGGAGUAAGUUAAUCCCCACACCCACAAGUAUAAUCUGGAGUGAUACUAGUGUGCAUAGAGAAAGUCAAGAAGUUGCAACAAAUGGACGUAGGCUGGGCUGUACAAAGAAGAAUAUAGGGACGUCGAAGAGUUGGGUUAGCAUAUGUCGUAAAGCGAUCUCUUGUCUGAUGCUUGAUCUUUUGAAAGAUGCAAGAUGGGAGCCAGCAGAUUUUAAUCAACUGACAUAUAGUGACUUGAAAUAUUAUUCAGAAUCAUAUAAUCAGGCUUGGAAUAUUUUAAAAUCCAAAUGUCUAUCAAACUGGACAGUUAAACCUAAACAUAUAAAAGAUUUUAAGGUGAAGUAAUUGUACACAUCAGAACCUUCAGAGAAAAUCAGGUUUUUGAAGAAUGCCUUCUUAGUUUUAGAUGCUUGUGAGUUGAUGUAUGAUAGUUUUUAAAUAAAGAAUGAGAAGUU